AGCCCACACAGAAUUUAUCCAGAACAACAAAAACACUCAAAUAGACACCAGGAUUACAAACACGUGGUACUAGGUCCUACCGACGAAUUCGGAUCCUCAUUCUACUCCUAAUCUGGCGAGCCGAAAUUCUAGGUAACCCAACAUGUCCGCCUCUGCAGAAGCCAAAGAACUCGCCCAAGGACGGGAGGCCAUGAGGGCCUUGACUGACGCGGGUAUGGACCAGCUUGGGGCCUGUCCGUCGCACCUGGUCGAGAGAACCAUUGAAAUCCCGCUGCCGGAUGGGACAAGCAGUCGCACAGUCAUCACGCGGCCAGCAAGUCCGGCGCCGAAGGGUGAGGGAUACCCCCUCAUCGUCCUGUUGUUCGGCGGCGGAUGGUCCGGAGGAGUACCUGAGAUGAUGCUCGCCCCGGCCCGAGGUUUCGCCGCCCUGCUCGGUGCGAUCGUCGCAAGCCCUACCUACAAGGUGGCCCCAGAGCACCCGUUCCCGGCGCCGAUGCAGAGCGCGUGGGAGGCCGUGUCGUGGCUCUCGCAUCCGGAGAAUCUCAAUGACGGAGUGCUGGCGAACAGUGGUGGCGUGCGAUUUGAGCCAGGGCAGGGUUUUGUGGUAGGGGGAGUGAGUGCAGGCGCACAUAUCGCCGCCGUCAUCGCGGGCAUCUCUGCCGCGGCCGCAGCGGACAGCUCCAGCGAGCUGGUCCACGGUCUCAGCCCUCUCCGGCACCGGCUGACGGGCUUGUACUUGGGUGUUCCUGCCCUGCUGGCCGACACCGUGGCCCUGCCAGCCGAAUAUGCGCCGCUGUGGAAGUCGCGGGUGGACAAUGCGGACUCGUUGACCAUGAGAACGGAGCAGAUGCAAGCUUGCGAGAGGAGGCUCGCGCCCGACUUCGGCUCUCCGUGGUUCUCUCCCCUCAACUUGGAUAUGAGCAGCAUCAAGGCCUACCACCCUCCACGGGUGUACCUGCAGGCCGGCGAGCUGGACUGUCUUCGGGACGAUGCCGUUGUCUAUGACAAAGUCCUGAGCGACAAGGCUGUCGCUGAGACUCGCAUCGACGUUGUCAAGGAUCUCGGGCACGUUUCAUGGGUCACUUUUCCGGUGCCAGAUGCUCACACUGAUGAGCUCAAGAUGAAAUCACUUGAUGGUAUGGCUUGGCUUCUGCAGAGGGGGUGGGAUAGAAGCCAGAAACUCCCAUACUAGAUGCCGACGCCGUGGGGUCAAGUCUACUACUGCGCGGCUACUAGUAGUUCCCUCCAUUUGUGAGCAAAGGCAUCCGGGGCUCAAAUAUUGAGGGUUGAAUAGCAAAUUGGUACUGAUUAGUUAUCACAAACUAACAAGUACUAAGGUAACGUACUCAAGGAAAAAGAAAUUAUAGAUAGCAUACUCAUGCACAGGAUCAGAGCCGAGAGCUCGGAACGCUGAGCCUCUUAAAUCUGUUGCGGUCUUUUCCAUGAUAUUAAUUGGCCGAU